CAAGAUGACACGUUUUUCGGUCUCUACGCUCAUUCCUCUUCUUUUUAUCAGCGGUGUUUCUGGGAAACUGAUUCAAGCCGCUGCAGGAGACGAUGUAACGUUUCCCCUCACAGAGGAGUGCAUGAAAGGAAGAGGCACGCUGAAACGUCGCCUGCAGGACAACAGCCUCCAUUCGGUCGGGGAUCUCGACGGCAGCUGGAAGCCGGCUCCAGGUUAUAUUAGCAGGUUUUUCCAAAGCAGCGACUCUGUGAUACUGACCAGUGCAGAUAUCAGUGAUGAAGGCUAUUACGAGUUUGACUGCAACAACAAGAAAGAAGAGACUGCACAGCUGCAGGUAUUCAUACCUUCUGAUGUUUUUGUACGCGAGGGCGAGGAUGCCAUCCUCCCGUGCCGCUCCAUCACAGCAGGUCAGUGGGUGAAGUCUGUGCGCUGGAGGAGAGAUGGAAAGGUGGUGCUGGAGCUGGAUGUCGAGUCGGGGAAAACCACAUAUGGAAAAAGCUUUGAUGAAAGCCGGGUCUCAAUACCAUCAGACUGGCACCAACGAGCAAACCUGUCCCUCAUCAUAAAGCGAGCCGAGGCGAGAGAAAGAGGAGUUUAUUACUGUGACAUCGACAAAGUGGAGAAACACCGCUCCGCUGUCCGCCUGCACGUCUCCACACCACCAACACCACCAAGCACCACAUCACAGCCUACAACCACAGAGAGGCCAUCAGAGUGCUCCGACUGGUCGUGGAGAACAUUCUUCAUAACAGCAGCUGUAUUUGUGAUCGUUGCCCUGCUGGUUUGGCUCUGCUGGUUUCUGAGGGACAGGAUAUUCAAUGUGCACACUCGAGGUUUCAGUGGAGGAUCCUCAGAGCAGGAAGAAAUAAACUUGAAAAAUGUUAGCAUCAACAACGGUGAUGGACACCUCUGCAACGGCAAAGAGGAGGAGGAGGGGCUGAAGAGGGCAGAGAAUCAGACUGUGACCAACAACACAUGCUAAAGUCAAACGGGAACCCUGACUUGAUAAAUGAUGAGCUGAAAACGAAAAACAACUCAACCCUUAUAGUGGAGAAGAAGAGGUGAACGUCCAGUCGCUUUCUUUCAAAGCUCCUCAGACGACUUUACAAAAUUCUUCAUUCUUCAGAACUGUUUUAUUGUUUAUUCUGCUUACUUAUUUAGUCCCCUUUUAUAUUAAAAUUAUUCAUUUACAGCGA